AGGCUGGCGGUGUUGUUUUUGGCGUCCGUCGCUAUGGCUUACUGCGAACCAGUCGUUGAGGAACAAGACCCUUCUAUAGAGGAUGAAGGACAGCAAGAAAUGGAGAAACGGCAUCACUCAAAUUAUCAUUAUUUGGCGGUACGCAGAUGCACUCACCAAUCGCACUGUUCUAGAACGCAAUGCUGCGCGAAGCAUUUCUCGUCACACUCGUAUGGAUCCUGUAAGAGCCUCAAGCGACCGGGAGGUAGGUGUCCAUGGAAAAAGCCUGAUGGUUACAACUGUGGCUGUGUACAAGGAUACUAUUGUAAGAGAUAUGGUUGGAAUAACUAUUGGGGAAAGUGCGUGAAAAAGCCCAGGACUUGUUCGAGUGACAGUAGCUGCAGGAAAUCAGAGUGCUGUUCUGGUCGUCGAUGCAAACUACGCAGAAAGGAGGGAGACUGCUGUCCUCGCAUAGGGGCUGAUAUCUACAACUGUGGCUGCAUCGAGGGACUUGAAUGCCGAGAAGCUGGCGUGGGAAAUUACUGGGGUAGAUGCGUAAAGGUUCUGCCACCAACCGAGGAGCCUGGAUCUGGGGUCGGGGCAUAACCUCGUUAUCAUGCUCUCUUACUGCUUGACUGUGUCGCCGAUACAUUUCAAAUUCGCUUACUUGCAACAUUGGUGUGAUAUCAAUUGUUUUGAACAACAAGGGAUAAUAAAACAUGACAAAUAAAACCUUGUCUACAGUGCGGUCUAGCAGUAAGUCUUGUCUUCCAGUCGUCCAAAGGCGCGUUUUAAAACUUGUCGAGAUAAUGAUGUCAAAUACACUCG